AUUAUCCAAUCAGGGACUCUGAGCUGGGGACAGUUCACUCAGACACGCAGCUGGACCGGACAGGUCGGCUUCCGGGUUUGGCGCGGCCUUUGUCUCUUGCUGCAGCUGGAGCUCGGGGUCUUGUCUUCACUGCUGUUUGUCCUCUGCUCCUAGAGGCCCAGACUCUGUGGCUCUGUGACCAGCAGGUAUUGGGAGAUCCACAGCUAAGACGCCAGGACCCUCUGGAAGCCUAGAAAUGGGACCAUUGACAUUUAUGGAUGUGGCCAUAGAAUUCUCUCUGGAGGAGUGGCAAUGCCUGGACACUGCACAGCAGAAUUUAUAUAGGAAUGUCAUGUUAGAGAACUACAGAAACCUGGUAUUCCUGGGUAUUGCUGUGUCUAAUUUAGACCUGAUCACCUGUCUGGAGCAAGGAAAAGAGCCCUGGAAUAUGAAGAGACAUGAGAUGGUAGCCAAACCUCCAGCUAUGUGUUCUCAUUUUGCCAAAGACCUUAGGCCAGAGCAAUAUAUAAAAAAUUCUUUCCAAAAAGUCAUACUGAGAAGAUAUGGAAAAUGUGGAUAUCAGAAAGGCUGUAAAAGUGUGGAUGAGCAUAAGUUGCACAAAGGAGGUCAUAAGGGACUUAACCAGUGUGUGACAACUACCCAGAGCAAAAUAGUUCAGUAUGAUAAAUAUGUGAAAGUCUUUCAUAAAUAUUCAAAUUCAAAGAGACAUAAGAUAAGACAUACUGGAAAAAAUCCUUUCAAAUGUAAAGAAUGUGGCAAGUCAUUUUGCAUGCUUUCACAACUAACUCAACAUGAGAUAAUUCAUACUGGAGAAAAACCCUACAAAUGUAAAGAAUGUGGCAAAGCUUUUAAAAAGUCCUCAAACCUUACUAAUCAUAAGAUAAUUCAUACUGGAGAGAAACCCUACAAAUGUGAAGAAUGUGGAAAAGCUUUUAACCAGUCCUCAACUCUUACUAGACAUAAGAUAAUUCAUACUGGAGAGAAACUCUACAAAUGCGAAGAAUGUGGAAAAGCUUUUAACCGGUCCUCAAACCUUACUAAACAUAAGAUAGUUCAUACUGGAGAGAAACCCUACAAAUGUGAAGAAUGUGGCAAAGCUUUUAAACAGUCCUCAAACCUUACUAAUCACAAGAAAAUUCAUACUGGAGAGAAACCCUACAAAUGUGGAGAAUGUGGCAAAGCCUUUACCCUAUCUUCACACCUUACUACACAUAAGAGAAUUCAUACUGGUGAGAAACCCUACAAAUGUGAAGAAUGUGGCAAAGCUUUUAGUGUAUUCUCAACCCUUACUAAACAUAAGAUAAUUCAUACUGAAGAGAAACCCUACAAAUGUGAAGAAUGUGGCAAAGCUUUUAACCGGUCCUCACACCUUACUAAUCAUAAGGUAAUUCAUACUGGAGAGAAACCCUACAAAUGUGAAGAAUGUGGUAAAGCCUUUACCAAGUCCUCAACUCUUACUUAUCAUAAGGUAAUUCAUACUGGAAAGAAACCCUACAAAUGUGAAGAAUGUGGUAAAGCCUUUAGUAUCUUCUCAAUCCUUACUAAACAUAAAGUAAUUCACACAGAAGAGAAACCCUACAAAUGUGACGAAUGUGGCAAAACUUUUAACUACUCCUCAAAUUUUACUAAUCAUAAAAAAAUUCAUACUGGAGAGAAACCCUAUAAAUGUGAUGAAUGUGGCAAAAGCUUUAUUCUCUCCUCUCAUCUUACUACACAUAAGAUAAUUCAUACUGGAGAGAAACCCUACAAAUGUAAAGAAUGUGGCAAAGCUUUUAACCAGUCCUCAACCCUUAUGAAACAUAAGAUAAUUCAUACUGGAGAGAAACCCUACAAAUGUGAAGAAUGUGGCAAAGCCUUUAACCAAUCCCCAAACCUUACUAAACAUAAGAGAAUUCAUACCAAAGAGAAACCCUACAAAUGUAAAUAAUGUGUCAAACCCUUUAGUGUAUUUUCACCUUUUAUUAAAACACAAGAUAAUUCAUACUGGAGAGAAAUCCUACAAAUGUGAUAAAUGUGGCAAAGCCUUUAACUGGCUCUUAAUCCUUAUGAAACAAAAGAUAAUUCAUACCAGAGAGAAACCCUACAAAUGUAAGGAAUGUGGCAAAGCAUUUAACUGGUCCCUAAAUCUACUAAACAUAAAAAAACUUACACUGGAGAGAAACUACAAAGCUGGAAGACAUCACAGUAAUUUUGACAACACCUCAAACUUUUCUAAACAUAAAUCAUACUGGUGAGGAACUUCAAAAAUGCGAAAAGUGUGACAAAACCUUUAAAUGAUUGUCACACUUGAUUGUAGGUAAGAUAAUUCUUACUAGAAAAACUCUUACAAGUGUGAAGAAUGUGGCAAAAUUUUUAAUGAAUACUCACACCUUAUUGCCAGGAAAGCAUUUAUACUUGAGAAAAAUUGUACCAAUAUAAAGACUGUGAAAAAGCCAUUAAUGUCUGCUCACAUCUUACUCAACAUCAGAGAGUACUUAAUAAAAGUAUUAUAAAUUUAA